CACAGUACACACUGCUAUCGCCACGCCCAGUACCUGCCGGUAGUCAAUACUCGCCACCCAUUCAUCUCUUUGAUCAACCUUUGCCCAAAUUUUUUUAUUUUUUGAUUGCUAUAAAUUUUCGGGUUUUUUUUUUUAUCAUCAUUCAAUCUUUAUGGGUUUUCUGCAUUUGAACUUUGUAAUGGCUUCUGCAACUACUUGAUUGCUCCAUUCACCGGCUAACCGCACACCGAAACAACGUUCACCGUGAAUCGACUCGACCCUCGAGCCUCAAGUGGAGGUUGGUAAGUUCCUGCCUCUGCCUGCUACUGCUGCCGGACGCUCGAGAGUCAAGCCUCACAGGAACCUCCAAUCCUCCACCAGACGUCCGGAAUUGAACCAGAACCACCACGCUUGUUUCUGCAAUCACUUGUGGAUAUUUGAGGUUUGAAUUGAAUAUUGUUUGAUAAGAAGGGGAGGUAGAUAAGAAGUUCGAGGGAUUAAACUGGUAACCAUGGAUAAGGAUACAUUUGAAGCUGCUGAUUAUGUUUUAGACAUGGUUGAGAAUAAGAAAAGGCGCAAGGGUGGAGUUGUUUUUGAUGGUGUUGAAAAUGAUAGAUUGGAUGAUAAUUAUGUGAAAUUUAUGGAAGAUUUAUGUGAGUUUGUGGUAGAGAAAUGUGUUGUGCAAGAUUAUGAUGAUGAUGAUGGUGAUGAUGACGACGAAGACGAUGACGAUCCAUCAUAUAAGGAGUUUUUGAAUCACUUGACGGUUCAUGGGAAAGCGUACAAACUUAUCAGUUCAAUAAAAAAUGGAGUAUUGUUUCCGAUCAUAUAUGAAGCUGAGGAUGAAUUACCUGUUGUAAAGAAGAGGGGAACUCCACAAUCGAAGUUGAAAACUUCUGAUUUUGGGACUCCAAAAUCGCACAGUGAUGAUUUUGUUAUUAAGGAUUGGAUCUUGGAUGUGGAGGGUAAUCAGAGCACAAGUCCUAGAUCAUCUGGUUCUCGAAUGAACGUAUCUGAAUCAGUUGAUAUAUGCUAUGCAACCUUUUUAUCCGGUCUUCAUAGCACAAAAGAGUCUGUGUACUUUGAAUAUGGGAACAAUCGAAUCUAUUAUGAAAGUGAACUAGUGACGCCUCAAAGAUGCUCUACAUCAACUCAAAGACAACUGGGACGUCCUCCAAAACCCUCUAAAUCGACUCAGAGUCUAUCACUCCCACCUCCACGAUCAUCUAAAUCGACUGGAAGUCUGCCAACGCCAACUCCAUCUACAAGACCAUCUAAAUAUACGAAAACCCAACCAACACCACCUUCAAUACCUUCUACAUCCACUCUAAGACCACCUGUCCCGCCUCGAAGCCCAUUUACACCAACGCAAAGACCACCAACACCGCCUGUUAAAGAUUUUUCCACUCAAACAAAACAAACUCUUACAGACAGCCACGUUUCGGUUAGUGCAUCUACGAGUAAAAACAAGAAGGAACUUGAAGAAUUGAAUCGGAGGUACUUGGAAAAGUUGUAUGCUUACCUUAGAAAGCCCUAUGAUUCAAACGAGUUUGAGGAACUUGAGAUGUUGUAUUGUACUCGAAAGCGUAAACUAGUUCACCGCGAAUCACGAUCCGGAGGAUCUUUCAGGGAGGGAGAGAUGGGUAAAUCUUAUCUAGAGCAUCAUCCUGGUAUGUAUCUUGCUUGGAUUAUUAGGAUGCUUAUUUCCUGUCUUCCCCUACUUUCACUGCAGCAUAAGAAGGCAAUAUUCAUUUGUUCAUGUGUUUAUUUUAUUCAGUUGGUCAAAUUAAAUGAAAUCAUGAAACAUGCAACUUUUCACGUUAUAACAAGUUCCUGAUUGUUUUGGUCUGCUACAUCAGCGCUAGUUCAGUUCUUUCAGUCCUUAGAAGUACUUUAAUGCCUGAUUUUUUAGUUCUUUUUGCUAAGCUCGAGUGGAAUUUGUCUGUUCUAGUCUUUAUUAUUAUUGUUGUGUCGUCGGAAACAACCAACAAACUCGAAAAAUCUUACUUUUGUCAAAAACUACCUAGAAUAUUUUUUUUGUCAAAAACUACCUACAAAAUUCAUUCUUUUGUGGUGGUGGUGGUGGUGGUUGUCGUUGUCUUUGUCGUCGCGGUCGUUGUGGUCGUCGGAGUCGUUGUAAACAACCAACAACCUAGAAAAAUCUUACUUUUGUCAAAAACUACCUACAAAAAAUUAUUUUUUUUCAAAGACUACCUUCUAGUGGUUACUGUUUAUUAUCAGUUAGAAAAUCUUAAAGGUUGAGAUGGAAUAUUAUAGGAAUGAACGGAGAAUGGGAGAAGGAGUGACUGGUUAAUGGUUCAUGUGGUUGACCCUAUUGUUUGGGAUACACUGGGUAAGAUGAUGAUGACGACCCUAUUGUUUGGGAAUUGGGAGUAAGACUUUGGCAUUGUUGUAAUCACAAUAUAAAAGGAUCAUCACAUGAUAAGGAUUUCAAAUUUAUGGAAUUUUUUACUCUCCAGUAGGCAUUUCAAAAGACCAGAACUUUAUAUCGUUGAGUUGAAUUACCUGUUAUAGCUCUGAAGACUGAAAUAAAGAACCAAGCUUGAAAACCUAGAAUAGACACCAUUUCAUUACCCCAAUACCAAGAGACUUCUAAAUAGCCGGGCUUUGGGGGUUCAUAUGUAUGGAACCUUAUCCUUGUGAUAACAAAGAGGUGUUUCUAUUGAUCAUUGAUUGUAUCAUACCAGCCCAUUUAAUUAGAUAAGCCAUUUUACUAUAUUUCGUUAUAAGAUAAAGAGGAAGUAAUUUGUUUUCAUGCUGUCUGUUUGAACAUGCUUAUUAUCAUUGCUUCUAAUAUAUCCAUCUUGAUGUCAGAUCUUGAACAGGAAAUUAAGAAAGCUUCAAACGAUUGUGGCAAGCACUUAAAUCUGCUACGAAUGUUUGAUAUGUAUAUUCAGAAAUUUGUUCCUGCUUACCUUUCUCCGCCUUGGAAGGAUUCCAAGGCCAUGUCGAUUUUGCCUAGA